CUCAGGCUGCGGGGCGUCUUCAGGACCGCUCCUUCCUCAGCACGAGCGCAGAGAGACCUGCGGUUUCAAAGCCUGGACGCCAGCCCGGAGACUAUCCCGCCAACGCCUAGCAGCCCACUCCGGCCCGGGCCGCGCUCCUCGUGCCGCUGGCGCUAAGGCCGGGAGAAAAGAAGGGCUGCGACGUGGAGGGUCCCGCGCGCUUCUGGCGAGCCUCUGCAGACCCGAGUCGAGGGCGCCCACCUGAGACCGGUGAGGAGGGAAGUCCCGACAAGAGGCGAUCCGGGGGCUUCCUUUCCGGGAAGGCGGCACAGACUGCGGCUAGUUAGCAAGGUACGCAAAUAUCUUGUCACAUUUGGCGGCGAGGGACCGAGAGAAAGGCAGCUCAUGUGUGGAGGACCGGACUACAUCUACAAGCAUGGGCAAAAAAUUGAGCAAUAAUCGCAAGGUCUCCGGGGCGGCGGCAGCGCAGAGAACAGUACAAAACUUUUUACCAAGAAAAAAAAACAAAUAACUAUACUGAGGAAGAACUUAAAGAAACUUACGGAUUUCUUCUGUCUGAAACGGAAAACCAGGCAAAGUUGGUAUGUCAGCGUGGACUCCGUGUUGGCAGCAGUGCUGUUACCACAUUGGGUGACCCAGCAAAAGGUGUGUACAUUUCCAAAUACUCAGACGAUCUUUAGGCAAGACUAUGGCAUCCUGGGAAGCCUGGUUACGUUGUGAUUUUUAAUCUAAUUACAGUAAAGUCCAAAUAUGCUUCUAUGUAAUUUUCCUUUUAAAAACUAAGGGUUAUCAGUCUGUGAUAAAGUUUUCUGCAGAUCCAUUACUAAACAUAGUCCUCAUUAGAAACAGCUGUCAAAAUUGUGGAAAAGUAAUUGCAAAUUUUGCUUUCCUUUUAAGACAGAGCUUUUUUGUUCAUUUAAUAGCUUAUCUAUGAGUAUGUUUUUUUAAAAACUUCAAAAUAAUGCAAAGGUAAUAUUAUCAGUGAAAAGUCUUCCCCUCUCUCCUGUCCCACAGUGCCACUUUUUAAACGUUAGAUAACAGGAAACAAGUAGCUGCUUAUAAAACAAUGAGAUUACAGUUAUGAGAAAAGAAUUGAGGAACCAACAUUCACUGUCUGUUUUAAACUGUCAAAAUAAGAAAACCUUUCUUUUUUAUCCCUAAAUAUCCAAACCUUGUUCAUAGUUUCAGUGUGGCUCCUGUAACUGGCGACCUUAGAAAUUCUUAAAUACCCUUAAAUAGUCCAAGAUAAGUGAAUCAUGCAAUUAGAAUUUUCACUCAAAUAGUAGGAAAACUGAUUUUAACGGGUUGUGGACUUUUUAAGGACCUAUUCUGUAGUCUUGUUUUUGCUUCUGUUUUAGCUUUUAUGCUAUCUAUCUUAACUUCUUUGGCUAUAAACCCAACACUACCAGUGUUCUUUUUUUAAAACUGUGAAGUCUUUAUAUUCCAAAAUUUGUCCCCAGGAUCUGAAGGGAAAGUAGCAUUGCCCUGUUGCACAGUCAGGGCUAUUCUUGCCUUAGUGUUCCUCUGCUACCCUAUGACAAGUGUGGUAGCUCUGCUACAGAGCACCUGUUAGCUCAGAUACCAAACGCUUGAUUUUUAUUCAUGUCACAUUGUACUUCGCUGUGGUCUCCUGCCCCUGGAUCCCACUCUGUUUGGUGGAUAUGGCUGUUUUCAUGUCUGCCCAUGUUGCUUCCAGCCCUCCUUACUUUACUGUGGAGAGCCAGCAUAUCCUGUGUCAUAAGAAUAUUUGUGGAGAAGAUACAGGUUGUGAUUGCUCACCGAGAAGUACUAUUUAUAGUCUUCGGCUUCUUAGAGUUUCCUUUGGUGAUCCUGUAAAUGAAGAAGCAGGACCCUAACAGGAAAUAAAUAAAUAAAUUCUUGUAAGAUAAAAAUGAAAGUUGCCUCUAAUCCCACACCUUAUUUUGGUACAUGUUUUGUAUGUCAUUAUAUUAUUCAAAACAGCUUUUAAAUCAUUGUAUGACUUUCAUUGUAUGAUAACUUGGCCACCUUUUUCUUUUCUUUGGAGACAUGUAACCCUUGAUGAAGAGAAAUUUGUGAUUGGGAAUACUACUGACUGUUCAGUAAUCAGGGCCAGUGGCCUGUGGCUCUUUACUGUGUUACUUAUUCCUUGCUGAUUUACUGGGACAUGGCAUAGUAGAAGUAUCUUGGUCUGUCACUUAUAAUUGAUAGCUUAGUACUUCAGUUUGGAUACUCACCUUUUGAAACUUUAAAUUUGAUUUGUCAUUGUUUAUGUUAUAGUCAUUGAAUAGCCAAUUUGAUUGGCUAUAUACAUUUUCUUUUAAAGAAAUGGUUCUUUUCAAAUCUUAAUUUUCUUUUGUUUAGAUGAAAGGUGAUUUGAUUUGAGACUUUGUGAACUAGGAUGGGAGGGGGCAAAAGAAGGAGGAGGGGGGACACCCAUGUAUUCCUUUGAUGUUGUGAUAAAAGUUGUGGGCUUUUGCCCCAGAAAGAUGCCCACACUAGAUUUUCAAAUACAAUUUUAAUGGAUUCAUGGAAAAUAAAACUGUUGGUGGUCCUAAGAUAGUUUUCUAAGAAUUGUAGUUAACUCUUCAUUGAAUCACAUCCCCAUCCUUACUAAGCUACUUUUAAGUGAAUCAUCAAGUGAAGAUUACUGCUUUUUGAAGGCAUCUGAUUAGUGUCUAUAUUUUCAUUCUAGGGAAAAGUCAAGUUUGUGUCUGAGAAUUACACAACUAACUAUACUAGCCCAUCUCCUGGCUAUGAUUGCCACAUGGCUGCAAAUACUAAUAAAGUCUCUCAUAAGAUGAGUCAUUUUCAUGCAUUUGAACUGAGUCAGUAUUAUCUCUAUGAACUCUCAGGCAGCACUGUUACUGAGCGACCCAGGCAGCUCUGUCCAUAUGCAAUUGUAGCUUUUCAGUACAGAGAACCGAAAAGGAUGGCUGUGGCAGCUCAUAAAAGCAUUUCUCUCUCCAUGGAAAGGGAAGUUAAUUAUUCAAGGCUGUUUGCUGUGUGAUAUCACUCUUUGGUCCUCUUACAGUUCAGUGGUUCCAGCACAACUGACCUUCAUGAGACAGUUGACAAAAUUGAAUAAGACCAUAUGAACUAGAUUUUAAGUAUAUAAUGAAAGUGUCGUCUUUGAGAAAAAGAUUACCAGAAGCUGCCUUUAGAAAACAGAAUUACUUGGAAGAGAAAGGUCUGUUAAAUUCUGUUGCCAAGAUUUAUGCUUCAACAUGUAUGAGGUGGAACUAUCAAACAAACAGGGGAUAAAAUAGAUAAACUAACAGAAUACAUUCAAAGUAAGCAAUUGAGAGAACCCCUCCUCCAAACCAUCUGUCAGUUUCAUUAUCACAGUUUAUGUCACCUGCAUAUCCCUCACCCAGUAACUGAAAGGAAAUGGACUGUGCUUGUUAGCUCCAGCCAGUCAGAGCCCACCUUCCAGAUCUGCGUACAAGGUCGGUCCCACCAGUCUGCAGUAGUGCUCCCCAACAGAGAGGAAGACCUUUCUUUUAAGAGGCGGAGCCAGCAGCUUUAGAGGCAAUCAUCAAAUGCUUAGAGGACCGGGGCUUUUUCAUUUUACUUACAUCAUCAGCCUUAAUAUCAGAAACAAAUUUUGGAGAUGACCAGAUGGGUCUGCAUGGACUACAUUUACUCCACUCAUCCCCCUCAACAGUUUUUGAGACAGUAUCCUUGAGUUCAGACUCUCUCUUCCAGAGGGCAGUUUCAAUUCUCCAUACUUCUUACUUGGACUCUGCAUCUGAGCAUGGUUUUCAGUACAGUCAAGUGACUUUGGUGAAAAAUGACAUUUUCUUAAAUGAGUACAAAACUUUUUACCAAGAAAAAAAAACAAAUAACUAUACUGAGGAAGAACUUAAAGAAACUUACGGAUUUCUUCUGUCUGAAACGGAAAACCAGGCAAAGUUGGUAUGUCAGCGUGGACUCCGUGUUGGCAGCAGUGCUGUUACCACAUUGGGUGACCCAGCAAAAGGUGUGUACAUUUCCAAAUACUCGGACUAUCUUCAGGCAAGACCAUGGCAUCCUGGGAAGCCCGGUUAUGUUGUGAUUUUUAAUCUAAUUACGGGAAAAGUCAAGUUUGUGUCUGAGAAUUAUACAACUAACUAUACUAGCCCAUCUCCUGGCUAUGAUUGCCACGUGGCUGCAAAUACUAAUAAAGUCUCUCAUAAGACGAGUCAUUUUCGUGCAUUUGAACUGAGUCAGUAUUAUCUCUAUGAACUCUCAGGCAGCACUGUUACUGAGCGACCCAGGCAGCUCUGUCCAUACGCAAUUGUAGCUUUUCAGUACAGAGAACCGAAAAGGAUGGCUGUGGCAGCUCAUAAAAGCAUAUUUGAACUCAGUGAAAAUGUUCUCUCUCCAUGGAAAGGGAAGUUAAUUAUUCAAGGCUGUUUGCUGUGUGAUAUCACUCUUUGGUCCUCUUACGGUUCAGUGGUUCCAGCACAACUACCAUAUGAACUAGAUUUUAAGUAUAUAAUGAAAGUAUCGUCUUUGAGAAAAAGAUUACCAGAAGCUGCCUUUAGAAAACAGAAUUACUUGGAGGAGAAAGUCUGUUGCCAAGAUUUAUGCUUCAACAUGUAUGAGGUGGAACUAUCAAACAAACAAGGGGAUAAAAUAGAUAAACUAACAAAAUACAUUCAAAAUAAGCAAUUGGCAAUCAUCAAAUGCUUAGAGGACCGGGGCUUUUUCAUUUUACUUACAUCAUCAGCCUUAAUAUCAGAAACAAAUUUUGGAGAUGACCAGAUGGGUCUGCAUGGACUACAUUUACUCCACUCAUCCCCCUCAACAGAGUUGAAAGACUUGAAAGUUGAAGAUGACAUCUCAUUGAAGGUGAUGCCUGUUUUACCUGCCCUUCACUGUGCUCUGCUAGAAGCACAGAAAUCAUUUACCGAAGAAGGAAUCUGUCCAAACACAUUAGUAAAGCAUAAUUUUCAAGAAUUGUAUAAAGUAGACCAAAGUCCUUCAUUGACUGCUGAUUCUCAGGAUGGACUAAAAGAGACUGCUUCCAUUGGCCAACUGUCCAGUGGUUUUGACUUGGCUUCUCCAGCUGAAAAGUGCCCCUUACAUGCUUUAACUCAGUUGAAAUCUUAUUUUUCAGAUCCUAGUGGGUACAUUUUGGAAGUAUCAACUGCGUUAGAUUUAUUGGCAGAGUGUCCUCAGUCUCCUUGUAUUUCAGAUGGAAUUUGUGAUGCUGAAUUCUCUUUAGUUAUGACUCCUGAUUCUGAAUUUCUUGACUCGGAGGCAGAAGUAAGAAAAGAAACUAAAAGAGAAAAGAAUUCUGGAAGAUUGUUGAAAGCAAGGCAGGGAACAGUGGUCCAAGUAAGUCCUGCCUCAAAUCUGAGGGUUCAGCCUAAGAGAAAGGCAAGCAUGCUACCCAUGGUGCAGAGCAAAAGGGUGAACUUGUGCCGCUCCUUCCCCAAGAGCCCUGCUGGAGCAAGCAAGCGUGUGGACUCCCCAGCCACUCUCAGAUUAGUCAAAGGACACUUUCCUCAGAAAAGAAAAAGAGGUGCUGAAGUGCUGACUGCACAGUUUGUACAGACAACCAAAUUGGAUAGGAAAAACCAAGAAGCUCCUAUUUCUAAAGAUGUUCCAGUGGCAACGAGUGCUAAAAUGGCAAAGAGACAAGAGAAAUCUCCCAUCAAAACUGUUCCAAGGGCUAAACCACCUGUGAAGAAAUCUCCACAAACACAGAGGGUAAAUGUAGUAAAAGGCAAUCAGAAUCCCAGAAUCAGAAAGCAGCCACAACCUGCCAAAGGAGAAACUGCUUCACAGCUUCAGUCAGAAAUUUCAUCAGAUGGUCAAGAAGAUGCUAUUAGCAUAAAUACAGCUCAGCCAGAAAGCAUCACAGUGGCUCACGGAGAUCCACCUAAAAACUCCCUUGCCAGCUGUGACUCCCAGGCCCUGAAUAUGUUAGCUGAUCUAGCAUUGAGUGCUUCUGCCUCCCCCACACCAUCAUCUGAGCCCAGAAAGCUUCCCUGCCCCUCUGGACUGCCCCCAAGUGAGGUUUUGCCUUCUGAAGAACAUUCUUCGCAUGGUACAUCUGACCACGAAUAUCACAGAGGAGCCAAAAGUCAAAAAGAUGGGCCGUUACCUAAGCUCUCUGCUGAUAAAAGUAAUCCACCGUUGGACUCCACUGUCGACCAGGAAGAAGGGAGCUUGAUUCCUAGCACUCAGGCCCCUGUUGGCACCCACUUGGCUCUUCCUGAGGAAACAUUGAAAAGGCCUGACGCAAGCCAGAGCUCUUUUGUUGCUGUGGAACAUUCCUAUGCCCUACUCCUUGCAAAGCAUUCAAAGAAGCAUCUACAGCAGAGAGUAGCAGGCCCUGCCUUUGCUAAGAAUGGCACAAAAGGCCCCGAAGCAGGAACCCCAGUGGGAAAAGUAAUGCCCUUUCGGCACCAGCAGAACACCUCCCCUCUGCAAAAGCUUUCCGAGGACCCAUUACUCCAGCGCAAGAGCAGAUUGCUGUCCUCCAGCCCGAGAGAUUUUUACUGCUCUCAUACUGUGUUCAGCUGUGAUGGCUCCUUUAGGGUCACUUUCACAUGUGAAGCAGAAUAUGUAUUCAGUUUAGACAGCAAGUAUACCAACAACCCACUGGAGAAGGCAGUGGUCAGAGCAUUACAUGGGCCCUGGAACACUGAUUUACCUGAUAACGUAGAAGAAGUGAAGCUCAUACUUCAUAUGUGGAUGGCUCUGUUUUACAGCAGUCAGAGCAAACUCAUACAGUCAUCUAGAAAAGUGGUGGAGCACAGCAGCCCCACGAAGUUUGUGUCUAUAAAUAGCACAUUAGAUUCUUUGGAAGUCAGUGAGUUGGAGGAGCCCCCCUGUGCAGAGAGGUGUAACCCACUGUUGGAGACUGACGAGACUCCCAGAGGUCACACUGCCGAAGUGUCCUUCCCUGACACGCACUCCUUGCUUCCUUUCAUUAAACCACCACCUGCAAGAGGCUUGGAACUGUGGGUGCACAAUGAGCUGAAAGAAGGUUUUGCAGGAGAGGGUCACUCAGAUACCCCGGAAAGCCAGAAUUUCAUCAAUUCCUGUAGUAACGAGGUAAUUGGGGGGAAAGCCAAACAAGAAUCAUCAGAUAAACUGGAGACUCUGAGCCUUGUGCCUUCUGAUAUUGGAAGUACCCAAACUAAUGAACCAUCUCUUCCUGGUGAAGAUACAGCCUUAGAGCCACUUGAUAGCACAAGAGUGACUUCUUACAAUGAUGGUGUCCCACAAGUCACAUUCACCAAGAGUCAUGAUGGGAUCAGCAAUCAGCCAGCGAUUUGUCAGAAGUCUGUGUACAGCACCCUUGAAAGCAAAGUUGGUGUUUUCCAAGCAACAAUGCAAACAAAACCAGGUGCUUCACAAGGCCUAAUCCAGCAUAGCAGCCCCAUAAACACAGAGUCCCAGCCUUCCCUAGAAGGAAAGGAUGAUACAGGGUAUGUAAUGAUUAAUCUGGAACCAGUUACCCUGACUUUUGAAAAAAAUACCUAUGUCCCAAUACCGACAGAACGUGUAAAUAGAGCCAGUGAACCUGCCACCUUUAAUAUAGAGUUGAUGAAGCAAGUAGCCCCUUCCAUGAGUCUUCGACAUCCUGGAUCCAUUUUUGAAAAGGCACAGACCCUUAGGGACAUGCCGUCUGUAGCAAUGUCAGGACAGAAAGACCCUAAGUGCCUUUGUUCCUCCUCAGUGAGCAGAGUGGCCCCUGCUGAGGAGCUGUGUUCCUUACAGAAGGAGACUCCUGAUCCAGGCUCAUCAUCGUCGUCUGGUAAUUCAGUGGUGACUGAGGCACUGUCAUUAGGCAAAAGUUCUAAUUAUUCAUCACCCCGAGAAGAAGUGAAACUUUCUCAGGAAUUUUCCCUUCAGACUCAGAGUCUCUUCAGCGUAUCUCCAGAAGAGGUUACAGAGCCAUCACCAAUCGAAGAGGUAGGCUCAUCAGCCUCUGCGUCCUUGGAAAAAAACUACGCACUUACUCGCAUUCCUCCAUUAAGUGCUACACCCCAUGGUGCUUCAGAACUCAAGGAUGAAGUUGGCCUCAGCAGUGAAAAGAGGAAUUUUGAAUCAUGCAGUUCAUUUAGCAAACAAACCAGCUUGUCUCUGAACAGAGAGGAGGUCAGCUUAGAGCUAUCAGAGGAAGAUUCGGACAUCAAUCUAACUCUCACAAUAUCACCACCGACAAGUCCCAGAGAAGAAAUGCCAGCAGGUGAAAUAGAGCAACAUCAGGAGGCCCCACUAUCAAACUUAGAACUUCAGGAAAUGACUGAAGAAAUAAUUGAGUCAGAAGAGGUGACUUUAAGAGCAAACAGAGAAGGGAAUUCCACUAGUUAUACAUCAGUGCAUCCUACAGUGUCAGAGAAAGCAGUAGAAAAUGAGAGAAAAAGUGGUAACUUACAAACUGUUACUCUAGUACUUUCUAAAGACACUUGUUGUGCCCUUCAGAUUGCAGAGGAAGUAAAUGUUACCUCACAUUUUCCCUUUGGCUCCUUAAUUGAAGAAGUGUCACCAGCUUCUAGUCCUAACCCCCAGGUACCAGUUGAAGUACCCCAAGUACCAUCUCAGGCUGUGUCUCCAUGUAGCUUAAAACUUCCUGAUACACAGUGUGAGAAUUGGGACAAAUUCUCCCAGAUAGAGGCAAGAGAUUUGGCCAUAACAGAAGAAAAUAAUUCUUUUGUGGGUCCUCCCCACCCAGGGGGCGAAGGUCACUUACCUUGGAUUCAGCAAAUGCAACUUUGUGCUGAAAUGCCUCUCAUACUGAAUCAUCAUGGAAGGGAAGAUAGAUGCUCAACCCUUCCUAGUAAGGUAACUGAGGCCAUUAUCCCCUGUGAGUGUGAUGAGGGCUUCUUCCCCUCAGACAAGGCUCCAUACUGUGAUAGAGAGUUAGACCAGCCUGCCUUGGCAGCCAAUUCCACACAUGAGUUCAGGCCUUCUCUAGAGAAAUGGGUAACAUCAGGAAAUCCACUGCAGACAGUCAGUGUAGAAAACAGAAAUUUGGACUUAAAUCAUCUUGUCUUGGAGACCAGUGAGCCUCCAUUGAGUCCUAGAAAGAUUAUUGAAAAUAAGUCUUUGGCUGACACAUUUAGUUCCACAACUGUCCCAGGUGGUAUAGAGAAUGUGUCCUUCGAACAGGAGACUAGCCCUAAAAGUAUUAAGAAAAGCCUCCUUUGCAGUGAUUUGAAAACAAAUGAAGGCGGUUACACGCAAGCUCAGUCCUUGAGCUUUGACUCUGUUGAUGGAGCAGAUGUUCUACAGGCACACUUGUGUUCAGAGACCCCCAGACUUGAUUGGUCCUCAGGUAGCACUCCAUUAGCCCAUUUUACAAGACCCAUGAACAUAGAGCUAGGGUUCCAAACACAGGAAAUACCAGUAGGCAGAGUGACCAGUUUGCUUAAGAACAGUGAAACUAAAGCUGAGUUACAUGAAAAACACGGAGAUCUGGGAGGUGCUGGCUCUCAGUCAAACACUGCAUCUCCAAAAGGGGAACAAGAAACAGUGCUGCAGGAUCUGUCACCAUGUGGCACAAUAAAUCUGUUCAAUGGUGGGCUUUUUCCCAUGUGUGUAGCUGCUGAUUCUUAUCGACAUACAGCAGUCACCAGUGACAAUACCAGUAUGGAGCCUCUUGCUCCUUUUGUUCCCCAACCUCAUUCCCCUCUUGUUUAUGGAAUUUCUAAAGAGCAGAUAGAAAAUAAAAGCACUGGUGAGCGUCUCAGGACCAAGGAGGACUCAGAAGUCCUGAGUGGAGACAUGGAUGUCAGUGUGAAUCCUGACAUUCAUAAUGAACCACUUUCUGGAGACUCUGAUAAAGACCCUUGCAGUGACUGCAGAAAUCCCAAAGUGGAUGAGGAUGACCCCUGCACUUCGCGAUGUAUUCACACCAAGAAAAAAGAAGAUGCUUCAGAAGAUGUUUAUGACUCUUUCCCAAGCCUAACCACUAGUGAUAACAAGGAUUGGGGCUGCUCAAAUCAAGUUCCAGGGUUAGAGACAAGCAUUCCUGCCAGAAACCAGUCAAUUGGAUUAAAGAAAGAAGAUAAAUGUGUGCCAUGUUACAUACAAAUCCGAGAUCUCCAUGGCAUCCCCAGGACUUACGCUAACUUCACCGUAACUAAAGAGUUCAAAGAUACCACGAGAACAUUGCACAGCUCGAGAAGGCACUCCAGUUUCACUGCGAAGUGUGACUUGCUCAGCUUCUGGACAAAUACUUGUCAGGUGGCAGAUAACCUCACCCAGAGUACUUUAGAUCUGGAAUAUCUGCGUUUUGCACAUAAACUAAAACAAAUGGUGAAGAGUGGAGAUUCUCAGCAUUCUGACUUUUCCAGUAACGUCUUUCCGGAAGAGUCGCCCCUCCAGAUCACUGCUGGAGCUUUUCCUUUAACAAAACCACCUGAGACCCCUGUUCUACAUCCUGCAUCCCGGAGCUGGAGCCCCCUUAUAGUAACAGUCACACACUCAGAUGCUGGACGGCAGGGUCAGCACAUGAGAGACCUCACAUCCAGCAAUUUAGACAGUCCUUCCUUUUGGAAAGAGAGGUGUGAUCACAGUACACAGCAUCUUUCAAAUUCUGAAAGAAAUCAGGCUGUUCCAUUACAUCUCAACAAGCUGAAAUACAACAGCCCUUUGAAAGAAUCCCAGAGCGAUAUUUCACUUAUUCUCAGCGAAUAUGCUGAACUUAAUAAGGUGGUAAUGAAUCACAGCCAAGUCAUUUUCCAAGAUAGAGAGUCCAGUGUGGCUUCUGGAGAAGCCACGCCUCAAGAGAUGUGUUCAUCCUUGCCAAGAAGGCCAGCCUCCUAUGAAGACAUGAUUACAGACUUGUGCACCAGUCUGCAUGCCAAGCUGAAGAGUGUGGUCAGAGAGGCUUGUAAACGGACUUUCCUGUUCUACCUCGUGGAGACAGAAGACAAGUCAUUCUUUAUAAGAACAAAGAGUAUUUUGAGGAAAAGCGGCCAUGCAGAAAUUGAACCUCAGCAUUUCUGUCAAGCUUUCCACAGAAAGAAUGAGACACUAAUCGUCAUCAUCAGAAAUGAAGAUAUAUCAUCACAUUUGCAUCAAAUUCCUUCUUUGUUGAAGCUGAAGCAUUUCCCCAGUGUCAUCUUUGCUGGAGUAGACAGCCCUGAAGAUGUUCUUGAUUGCACUUACCAAGAGCUGUUUCAGACAGGAGGCUUCAUGGUAUCAGACGACAAGAUACUGGAGACUUUAACAUUAGUUCAACUGAAGGAAAUUGUCAAAAUCCUGGAGAGAUUAAAUGGGAAUGGAAGAUGGAAGUGGUUGCUUCACUAUAGGGAAAAUAAAAAGCUCAAAGAAGAUGUAAGAGUGGAUCCAAUUGCACAUAAAAAGAACUUAAUAUUGAAAUCCUAUCAGAGUGCAAACAUCAUUGAAUUGCUUCAUUAUCACCAGUGUGACUCUCGAUCAUCAACAAAAGCAGAACAUUUGAAAUGUCUGCUCACCCUGCAAGUCCAGCACAUCCACGCCAGGUUUGCCGUCUUCCUGACAGAAAAGCCUACUGUCUCCAGAGAAGUCUUUGAAAAUAGUGGCAUCCUUAUUACAGAUGUAAAUAACUUUAUUGAAAAUAUACAAAAAGUAGCAGCUCCGUUUAGGAGUAGCUACUGGUAAGAACUUUCUGUACCUCUCCCAUGUGAACUGUAAUUGACGGCAGGUAACUGACAUCUGUGUCUGAGGAAACUAGUUUGGAAAGUUACAUGUGCUGUAUAUUUAAAAUGUAUGUAUAGGGGUGGGUUUGCUGUUGGUUUGGCAUAAAUGGGAAUUCCUAAAGUAUCACUGAUGAAAUAAUCUACUUUAUCAUUUUAUCUUAAUGAUAGGCAUUUUCACUUGUAGGGCAUCUUGAUUGCCAGGACAAAAGACAAUAUCACCUUCAGAUACAUAAAUAUUCUAUAGCUUGGGGGAAGCUUUCCUUAUGUGUUUUUCACUUUGCUAGAAAACAUCUGACGGCACUUAGGCACCGCAGUUGCCCCUAUAGGCUUUGGGCUGCAGCAUUAAAUAUGGUUUUAAAUUAUUUCCGUUUUAGAAAGAAUGCUUUCAUGGCUAUUAACUAAGGAGCUUUAACCAAUAGCUUUGUUUUUGCAAACGUAAUACAUGUUUUUAAAGGUUUACCAUCCUUGUGAAAGCUAUAAUCUUACACUACAUAAAAUUAAACAUUUUCUCCUAAAUAGUACAAAUUUAUAAACUCAUUUUUACAUACUCAGUUUUUGUAAUAGUGCACUACAAAAUCAACCUUCUGUGGAAGAAAUAAUCCCUACAGUAAUCUUUAAAACUCAAGGCCAAGCAAAAAACCAUUAAGAUACUUACGAUCUAUUUGAAACAAGUUUUUAUAACUGGUUUGUUUCAUUUUUUAAAUAAAGAUGACUAAAAAAUCA